UGUUUUUGUUCUUUCCGUCGACCUUCACGAUCUCACAAUCCCUCAAUAUCACUUUCCUGAUAUAUCUUGUACUACCAAUACCACGCUCCUUGAAGGGACGAACCAGCAUGAUGGCAAACUCGGAUCCAUCCUUAGCAAGUAUACAUACCUAGAGAGUUGGGCUAUGUUUUUUCUUCUAAUUAUCUCUAUACUUUCAUCUGUUUCUUUCUUGUAUCUCUUUACUUGUAAUCGCGGAGGACUUUUGCGGACAUUCGCUGUUUCAGCAUCACGAAGGAACGCACGUGUAUCAUUGAACAGGGGCAUGGUAUUCGGCGUCUCACUUCGCAUCACUAUCAUUAAGAGAUAUCACGGAAGGCGGGUCAGGACAGGGCGUAGGAGCGCAUUCAAGAUUUUUGUAUCUACAUUUCCUAUCUUCCCUUACUUUCGACUAUCUCAUUGGUCUCGAAUUUCUAUAUUUCUUCAUUUCCUUAUCACUAGCAUCAUCUGCAUGGGCGAGGAGUAAGCGUACUUUCUGCAUCUUGAUCGAUAUCAACAUUAUGGAACAGGCCUCGUU